UUGUGUUGUGUCAAUCACAACAAAAAAUUUUAAAUUUUUUUUUGGUGUUUUAUUAAAAAUUAAUAAAUGAAAUGCCGUGUAAUCCCUUAAAAUGUCAAUGUGGACAGCCGUUUUUACCACAAAGAUACGUCAUGGUCAUCAUCGUUUCGUUCGGUUUGAUGAUAAAUUUUAUACAAAGGGAAAAUUUUGGAAUCAUCGUCGGUCAUUUCGGAAUUAGUCAAACGAAUCUUUCCGACUUAAAGGAAUCUGCGUGUGGUGGACCCAUUGAAGAGCAAUUCGGUAAAAGCUUUGACGAAUGGCAAAUGCUAGCACAAGCUUCACUUUUCGGUUCAUUUAUAAUCGGUCUGGUAAUAAUGAUGCUUCCCAGUGGAUUUAUAGCCGAUAAAUACGGUGCAAGAAAAAUAUUUUUAAUCUCAAUGUCCGUCUCUUCGUUAAUAUCCGGUUUGUACCCGUUUAUAGUAAAAAACGGUUUUUUUUGGCUGGUUUGUACCGGUAGAGCAUUUCUCGGAGCUUCAAGUGCUUGCGUCACAACAGCUUCGGUUACAUUGGUAUCUCGAUGGAUACCGAAAUCUGAGCAAGCAACCGUUUGCGGUGCCAUUUUUACUUGCGUAACUGUCGCAAUGAUUGGAGUCCAUGUUGAUUAUAUCCGAGAUAGUAAAGAUUUAAGAUGGGAAUUGGUUUUUCAUAUUUGGGGUGGAGUCGGGUGUGUGUGGUGUAUAUUUGCGGCGUUGUGGUUAUUUUCAACGCCUGAUACUCAUCCUUCAAUGACAUCUAGAGAGAAGACUUAUUUAGAAGAAAACUUAAGUCAUUGUUUUGUUAUUAUAAUUUUUUUGGGUGUAACUUUAAUUUUUUUAGAACAAAGGUUUGAAUUGCCGUUAGAUUGGGUGGCGAUCUUUUUAGACCCGGCUAUAUGGGCGUUAGUAGCAGCUCAAGUUGGCAACGCUUACAUAUUUUGCAGUUUAGUAACGAAUAUUACGACCUAUUACACUUACGCUUUAAGUGUAUCGCUUCAAGAUGAAUUGUUUAUGAUUUUAAUACCUUAUAUGAUCGUUUGGCCAUUCGCAGUUUUACUGGGAUAUUUGGCAGACUUUUUGGUGUAUUAUCGAGGAGUUAAACCAAUUAUCUUCAGAAAGGUUUAUUAUGGAGUCGCAACGGCACUUCCCGCAAUUUUUAUUAUAACUGUCGUGUUUCUCGAAUGUGAAACAUUACCCAUUUUUAUUUCAGCCUCUCUCGGAAUCGUGUUUUCAGCACUUUUUUAUUGCUCUAUAAUCCCAAACGUUUUAGAAGUAACUAAUAAUUACCCCGGCUUUGUAACCGGAAUUAUGUGUAUGUGCGGCGCUAUAGUACUCGCAUUAAAACCGUUCUAUUUUAUGUACAUAUCGAAAGAAAAAAACUCGCUUACGAGCUGGAAAGUUGUGGGAUUCGUAGUCGCCAUGAACGCGUUGUUCAAUACGUUUAUUUAUUCGAUAAUGGGGAGCUCGAAGCGAAGACUUUGGGACAUGACCCAAGGAGAAAAAGAUUUUUAUAAUGAACAAAGAGCGAAAGAUGAAGCUGCUAAAGCAGCGGCGAACAAAGACGCCCCCGCGGCACCACCACCUAAGAAAUAAAAAUGAUCUUAAUUGAUGAUAAUAAAAAAAUUUAUGUGCGAUGAUCUCACCGUCUAAUAAAAAAAAUCCAAAAUCCUCCAAAACGUUUAUCAAUGUCAACCAAAGCAAAAAUCUCGGCUUAAAGUAAAUGAAAGUGAGGUUACCUGAUUAAGCCGAAGUCGCUUGCGGACCAGGCGCUACAAUUAUUAAACACUACUCCUAGAACGAAAAAGUUUUGGGUUAAACUGUGCGUCAUUAGAUAUCUACAGGCUUAAAAUGUGUAUUAGAGUGUAGUCUAUCCAGAGAAGUGGAUAUGUUGCCAAAGAAAUUAUUAUUAAUCUCUACAUUCCAAUAUUUGCAGGAGUAUGUAAUCAAAACAUACAAAAAAUUGAAAUAAUUCCUAAACUAUGCAACUUUGUAUUAGGCAUAUUUAGCGUAAUCGAUUGCAAAUGAGUUACCAUUUCUCUGACAGUCAGUCUAUAUAUUAGUAUUAGAGAGUGAUUCAUAAGUUAGGUAGUUUUAAGACAGUAUUGUAUCUUUUCCUUGUGUUUUCUUAGCUUAUUUAUUUUUGUAGUAUUAAAUUAGUUUAAGUUGGCUUAAUAAGUAUAAAUUGUGAGUGUAGGUGAUAUUUCGCUUUAUUGUAUUCGUUGUAAAUAGGUUAGGUUUAAUGUGUUCUCUGCUAGUAUUUGGCAGGUGGAGGCGAUGUGUUGCCUUGGGGGUUUCGGUGGUUAUGUGGAGAAAAAGCCGCAUACCAUAAGGCAGGUCAGUCGUCAAAAUGCUUUAUGCAUGAUGACGCUAAGAUUAGUAUACCAACGCUCUGUUGGCAAAUGUUAUAAUAUAUAGGGUGUUAAAAUAGACGUUUGCAUUUAAGAGAUAGUGUACAAUAGUAUUUAGUUUUUUCCUAUAUUCUAUAGGAACUAUUGCGGGUAGUAUUUCUUUGAUAUUAAACAUUUCGCCAUUAUCAUUCUUAAUAAGAAUAACGCCACAGAUAAGUAUAGGUUGUUUAUCUGUAUUUGGAGCCUUACAUCUAUUUUAAUUGACUGACUUAGUUAAUUUAGUUCAUCUUCCACUUCCUUCAUUAUCACUAUUAUCACUCUAGAAAUUAGUAAGUUUUCUAUAAUCGUCAAUAUCAGUGAGUGAUUUUGCAGUAAUUUAGAAGUAAUUGGUGUUAAUAAUUUAGUUGUUAACUCUUUUAGUAGAGCGUUUUCUCUGUACUAUAUUCAAUAUCUUAUAGCGCAUAUCUAUUGCAAGUAGAUGGUUAACUUGGAUUCCUUGUAUUUCUAUUAAGUCCCAUCUACUGGGGUAGAUAGAUAAUCCAUCUCCACUUCUUUUGGUAGUUGUGUAUCGUCCAGAAUCCUUAAAAAGGUUAAGAAAUCAUUAGAUAUCUAAUGGGACACAAUAAUUCUGUAUAAAAAAACUUCCUUGCCUUACUUUCCGUUAAAAUUUUUCUAAUACACUAUUAAUUCACACACUUUCACGAAUACUUUUAUUAAUUAGUGUACAUAAUCCAUCUGAUUUCACCGACCAAGUCAAAUUUGCAUCUGCACGUUUAAUAUGUCGUGUCGCAGCGCCAUCUCUCGUACGCGUACUAUUAAAUAAAGUUCUUAAUAACACUUGUAUUAUGCUGUAAAAAUAGAAACCUUUAAAAAAACAUGGUUGGAUUACACUCGCCAAAGUAACAGCGACAUCUAUUAUCUAAAAGUUGAACUAAACGGGGGAUAACUUUCUUUUAACCCGAGAUUGUUUUUAUAAAAUACAAGAAAGGGUAAAUAAAUAAUAAUAAUUAAUUUGUACAUGUAAGACAACCUUUAUUACUGAAUGCAUACUGGUCAAAAUUGGGUUACAGAGUACAGAGCGUCGAAACAACUUACACAGUUGCACUCGAAAGCACUUAUAACCUAAAUUCAUUAUAUUUAGUAAUUUAACCUAUGUAUCGAAAAAGUCGCGCUACAACACAUUCCGUUUUUUUAGUAAUAAUUAUUAUUCUUGAACGUCAAUUCUUAAAAAAACUUCACCGUGUUAUAACCUGGCUUUUAUUUCGUGCCUUUUUUUUGUCUUUAUUAUUAAUAAUAUUGAUUCGCGUCUCGUUUAUUUAAUCUUUGUUUUCAUUAAAUAAAUCAUUUUCACCUCGUUUUAUCUUAUUCAUUCUUUGUUUCGUCUCCUUAUUAAUUUCAUUUUUUUUUGUAUUUUUUGUAACCGUACAAUUGAGUUCCUUAAACACUAAUAAUUAUCGUUAUUGAAAUGUAUUUUUUUCACCGAUCAAAAUCGUGUUAUGUGUAUUAGAUGUGUAUUAUUAAAUUUUAUUUAUUUGUUUUGUGACAACAGAGAAAAUUUAAAAAUUUCCCUUCAACCCCUUUUUUUUCUUUUUAAAAUAAUUUUCGUUAAAUCAAUUUUUUUCGCGUCAUAUUUCAGGUUUUGUGUUCAAUUAGGUUUAUUAUAUGAUAUCACCGUUUAUGUUUUAUUUAUUUUUUUUUUAAUUUGGCCCUGGUCCCUGAGUUUAACACCCCUUGAUGUUUGAUGAUUUUUCGCCUAAUUGAUCUUUUUUUUUUGAAUUUAUAAGAGAUUCUCAUUAUUUCAGAUCUAAAAAAAAAGAUCAACAUUUUAAACCCGAUUUAAUUAUAAUCGAUAAUGUCUUAGAGACGGCCAUAUUUUUUUUUUAAUUAAUUAAUUUCUUUUUCGUCGCUUUGUUUCAAAUUUAACUUUAAAAUUUACUUAUUACUCAUUAAUUUUUAUUUUUUUUUUUUUUGGUUUUUCUUUCAUCUAAGUGUAUAAUAGCAGUGAUGUUUUCUCAGUAUUUUUAAUUAAUUAAUUAAUUUUUUUUGUAGUAAGUAGUUUAAACUCAUUUUUUCAUCUAAUUUUAGAGGUAUUUCUUUUCUUGUAAUUUUUCUCUAAAUCUUACCGUUUUAAUUGAUUUAAAAAUUGUCAGCAUAUCACAUAUUUGAACCCUAGAAUGAAACGCGUUUUAAAUUAAAUUAAAAUUGUUAUUAUUGCCAUCAAUAAAUUAUAACAACUCAACAAACAAAAAAGAAAUUGAGGAAUAAACGCGGAUAACUAUCAAAUUUUGACGUUUUAAACGUCAAAUUAAAAAAGGAACUUAAUAACUUUUUCGAUUAUUUUUCUCUUUUUUAAAUAAUUAUUUUAUUAAUUUUUUUUUUUUUUUUUGGAAAAAUGCUUAUACAAAUCGGAAUAUACAGAGUGAAGUGGACUAGAUUAUUCAAGGAGGGAACAUGUUUAGGCCUUAAUAGUUAUAGUUUUUUUCACGAAAAACAUAAAUGUAGUAUUUAAUUAAAAAUCAACAAUUAAUUGAUAUGUGUCGGUCGACCCGAGUGAAGUUGGCUCAAAA